GAGGGCUGAGCGGCGCCCUCCUCCUUGUGCCUGGCCCUGCGCCGCGGCUGCCAGCGUUCCUAGGGGUUACCAAGCGUGCGCAGAGGAGGGCGCUCGCAGGGCCAGGACGCUGCUCACCCGUCACGGCCUUCUGCACCUCGUCCUGGGCCUGGGGCCUUUACCAGGCUUUGGGGCUGCCUCCUGACGGAGCUCAACAGGCCCAGGCAGCUGCUGCCUGAGCCACCUGUGGGUGUCCCAGCCGCGCCAGGGAGAGACAGCCACAUUCCAGGCUCUGGGCUGGCAGGGAGGCUUGGCAGCGCGUCCCGACAGGAAGACGGCCCACGCUCGGGCAGGCCAGCGCUAAGGGGUUCCUCCCCACCACGGGAGGCCCCAGGCUGAGGAGAUGGAAGAACAGGUGUUCAAGGGGGACCCGGACACCCCUCAUUCCAUCUCCUUCUCAGGCAGUGGAUUCCUCUCCUUCUACCAGGCCGGGGCGGUGGAUGCCUUUCGGGACCUGGCCCCCCGGAUGCUGGAGACAACCCAUCGCUUUGCCGGGACGUCAGCAGGUGCAGUGGUCGCGGCUUUGGUUGUCUGCGGGAUUGAAAUGGAUGAGUACCUCCGAGUCCUCAAUGUGGGCGUGGCCGAGGUGAAGAAAUCCUGCUUGGGGCCCCUGUCUCCGUCCUGUAGGAUGGUGCAGACGAUGAGGCAGUUUCUGUACCGGGUCCUGCCUGAGGACUCCUACAAGGUCGCCACGGGCAAGCUCCACGUGAGCCUUACGCGGCUCACGGAUGGAGAGAGUGUCGUGGUUUCCGAAUACACUUCCAAGGAAGAGCUCAUUGAGGCCCUGUACUGCAGCUGCUUUGUCCCUGUGUACUGCGGCCUCGUUCCUCCAACUUACCGUGGUGUGCGGUACAUCGACGGGGGCUUCACGGGCAUGCAGCCCUGCUCCUUCUGGACGGACUCCAUCACCAUCUCCACCUUCACUGGGCAGCAGGACAUCUGCCCGCGGGACUGCCCCGCCAUCUUCUGUGACUUCCGCAUGUUCAACUACUCUUUCCAGUUCUCUCUGGAGAACCUCGCCAGGAUGAUCCAUGCCCUGUUCCCCCCAGACCUGAUGAUCCUGCACAAUUAUUACUACCGAGGGUAUGAAGAUGCCGUUUUGUACUUGAGGCGGCUGAAUGCUGCUUACCUUGAUUCUCCUUCCAAGAGAGUGAUUUUCCCCCGAGUAGAAGUGUACUGCCAGAUAGAACUCGCCCUUGGCAACGAGUGCCCUGAACACAGUCAGUCAAGCCUCCAAACAGAGCAGGACAGUCCGGAAGAAUCCCGACAAAUUCACACACAGUGGGCUCCCAAAGGAGAAGGAGAGGGUGGCCGUGGUCCACCUCUGUCCCCACCUGUGCAGACACCUGAAUCCACAUGUGAGUGGUCUGUGGAGUCCCCUGCUUCACCACCUGCAUUGCCAUUGGCCUCAUCACCAUCACAUUCUCCAACUGACUUGCCACCUGUAUCACUCCCAGCUGUGUACUUACUCCCCAGCUCAACACCUGGGUUAUCACCUGUAUCACCAUCACAGCAGGUACAACUGGCUGGAUCACCACGCAGAUCCCCACUGCUCCAGUCGUCUGUGUCACCCAGGACGUCCCUGGGGCCUUCCGCUGUGGGGACAUCUCCAACAUUGCCCCGCUGUUCUUCAGCAUCACCUGCACAGCCACCUGUGGAGGCACUGGGCCCAGAUCAGCCCCAAGCUCCCUUUGCUUCUUCAAAUUCAGAAAGCACCGUGCCUCUGGCUAAUGUGAAGGAAACCACCAGCAAACCUUAUGCAAUGGAGAGCCCUGCUGAAGACUCCAGUUGGGCGAGCAAGGUGUUCAAGAAGAACAAACAAAAGACAAGUGGCACCAGAAAAGGGUUCCCAAGACAUCUACGAUCCAAAACACCAGGCAGCAAAGUGCAGUCUGCUCCCUGCCUGAUCGACUUCUCUCUGCUCUCCACUUCCGAGACAGUCACCUACAGGCCUCAUCCCAGGCAGAUCCAGGAAUACAGCUGCCCUAAGUAUAUCCUUGUGCAGUGUGCAGUCUGCACACCUGUACUCAGCACGCUGGAGACGACUUUACCUCUUCCCUCUUCCUGAAAAACCAAAUAUCAACCAGACUUUUGAAACGAUCUGAGAGAGAAAAGUUGAGCUGGAAUGGGAGAGAACCUGACACCCGAGAGGCUGAGCCUUCUCCCCACUGCUCUCAGACACCCUCCCCUCACCCCAGGCCUUUCGGGGACCAGGGUGCCACCCACUACCAAACCUAGUGGUGUAGCGUGUCCUGCGUCCUCCAGGCAAAAGCCUUCUUAUCUAAACAUCCUCCCAGCUUUCCUGCGGUCCUUCCACUACUCUGCUCUGGGUAGACAGAUGGACGUCAGCACAGACAGGCACUGAAGAGCGAGCAGCACAGCCUCCUCCCAACUGGCUGAUCUCUGGGCCAUCCUCCCAACCCAGCCUGAGUUCGCUUCCUUGAGAUCCUAGCCCCCCAGGAUCUCAUCCACAGGGCAAAACUUUGGGGGGUCAGGCAGAGCUGAGCCAUGGACACUCUUUCCUGUUUCCUGUGGUGUCAUCUUCUGUUGUUUGUUUUCUGUUCACACGGUGUACAAAAGGCUUGACUUGAAACCAGUGGACUCCACCUCGGCCACUCACGGGAACCCCCUAGUGGGGCUCAUCUGGCAUGCAGCCUUUACAAGCUCCCCAGGGAUUAUGUGGUGCAGCUGGAUGGUGUGGGUGGCCCUGGCCUUCGCCGAGUCCUGUUGUGGUUGUAGAGGAAAUGGGAGACUAUGUGUCCCCUCCCUUCCCCUUUCCCAGCCCAAAUGAGGGCAGACUCUGUCUGCUGUUCACACCCAGCGAAAAUGGUCCACAAGAAAGACAUCUUUAACCUCAAUUUUUCCAGCCUGUCCAGAAAAGAAAAAAGAAAAAAAAAACAACUCACUGCUUGCCAGAGUGUGGAUAACCUCUAGCUCCAGCCAGACCCAGUAAGGAAGCCCGGGCUGCCCACAGGCCUCAGAUGCAUUUGCUUAACAAAUCCUGGAAUGCAAAUCCCAGUGGACUGGAUGGAAGACAGCCCUGAACUGUGGCCCUUGAGAAAGACACAUGCAAAUUUAAGCCAUGGUGGGUGGGAGGCUAUUGCACGGAGGCCGGGGUGGAACCUACAUUUUACAGGACUGUGUCAGGGAACAAGAGUCCACACGAGCCCCCUUCAGAGGGUUCUACCUGGAGGAGCCUCAGGGUACUUUGAGAAGCCUGAGAAGAAUCACAUCUCCGGUGUUUUUGCAGCCUCUGCCUUCUCCAGUUCUUUGGCCCAGACCAGUCAAGGGAAGCACCCUGGGAGUCACGUGAGCAGCCCUGCUGGCUGCAGUCCUUUUCCCUGAGAAGGUCUUGCUGUUUGCAGGUGACUGUGUGCCCAGUGGCCCUGAGACGUGUGAGCCAGGAGAGGGAGGGCUUCAGUCUUACACAACUCAGGAAUGCUUAUUCCCUGGUGUGCAAGGCAGAAUUGGAUAUAAUAUUAACUAUUGUUUUAACUCAAAGCCUGUAUUUAGCACCCAGAUGCUCUGAGGUAAUUAGAGAAUUAUUCUUGCGUUAGUUCCAGCGUGGCCAGAAGAAAUACAGGACACCUUGUUAAAUUUGAACUUCAAAUAAACAGCAAACAAUUACCUAGUGCACGUGUGCCCCCGGCAUUGCAAUUAUUUGUUGUAUAUCUGAAAUUCAAAUUUAACUGGGCCACCCAUAUUUUUCUUUGCUAAAUUUGGCAACCCUAAUAGUUCCUUUCUCUUUUUAUGCCUUAAAAAUAACAACAACAGUAAUGGAUUGUUUUUUUGAUGCGCCAGUCACUGUGCUUUGAAAUCAGGAGGUGUCACUGGUGCCAAGGCCGAGGCCAGAACACUUCCCGUUCUUCCAAACAAACAUAUCUGAGUGACACCUACAGCACAGCCCUCUCUGUAGCCCAGCUAACAGCUGAACUUAGCCAGUUCUCCACUGACUCUGUUAUCUCUGGUUGUUUUUUUUGUUUUUGUUUCUUUGUUUGUUUUUGGCCAUACUGCAUGGCUUGGCUUGUACAGGAUCUUAGUUCCCUGACCAGGGAUUGAACCUGCACCCUUGGCAGUAAAAGCUCCAUGUCCUAACCAUUGGACUGCCGGGGAAAUCCCCCCUUAUCUCUGACUCACCCACUUAGCCUCCUGACUUGUCAGGAGGCUAAGAGAUUAGGUUAAUUAUGUCUUCAUGUCACUUGCUAACUUUUCAAAAGCCUUUCAAAGCUGCAGGGUCUCCCAUGUACCUCAGUGCUCUUGAGGCCUCCGUGGUGUGAGUUGAGGGAGCCCCGCCCUCACACAGUGUCCCAUGGUCCUGUAUUCCUAUUGGCACAAAAUUGGCAUCAUACCCAGUGAGGUCUGUGAGCAUCCCGGGGCAGGGGUUGUGUCUUUUGCAUCUGUGUAUUCCACAGAGGUAGCAUCAGCCCUGGCACACAGUAAGUGCUCCACAAAUAUUGGUUGACCGAAUGAACUAAUGGAUUAGAUGGUGGGUGGGCACUAAAAUAGGGGUUCUCAGAAUGGGGUCCUGGGCUGGUUCUGUCUGCAGCUGGCUGUGUGAUCUUGAACACCUCCAGCCUCAGCUUCCUUGUCCAUGAGAUGAGGAUAGUAACGCCGCCCUCUCCUGCCCUCCUCAGAGCAUUAAGGUGCGCCUUCAAGAGCUGGGGAAUGGGAACGUGCUUUGGAAAGAGGACAAGCUAUGCAUUCAAGUUCCCCUUCCCCGGGGAGGCACUGGAAGAACUCACGUGUUAUCUGAGAGAGAGGAAAGGAGGCCUUCAAUGACUUUCAAUGGAGACCACAUUUUCUGGACCAAAAACGAUGCACUGUAAUUCUGUCCAUUUUUAUCCUGGUUUGAGUGACAGAAUUUGGGCACCAGAGUUCAGGGAUUGAUAAUACGGAUGAUGUAGCCUCAGGACUGGCCCAGAUUUUCCUAGACUUGCAAUUCACUGUCACCUUAAGAGUCACAGAGUUGUAGAAUGUCAGGUCUGGAGGGCAAGUGUCUUGCCUCCAAGGUCAGCAGCCUACAGUCAGCUGGACUAAAACCCAGGUCACCUGAUGUUCAGCCCAGGACACUUUUUUUUAUUCCUCAGCAAGUUGGCAGCCCAAGGAAGGGACACCUGAAUAGCAUCAGACAGGGUCCCCAGGCCGGGACAAGGAGGCAGACCUGCACAGCCUUGCAGGCACCGGACUGGCCUGGAUGUGGCAGAGGGCUCCAUCCUGCCUUCAUGGUGAAUAAUCCAAUCCAAGGUAGACCUUUGUGCAAACCGGUUUCUUUAUUUUUCGAAUAACAUAGUACAAAAAUGAGACUCAGAUGCCAGCAUCGGGAACUCAUACCAAACACUUAUACAGCUUAGAGAAUAUCAUUCCAAAUCAGCAACUAUGUACGGAAGGUUCCUGACCCUCAUUUCAAAACUGAUUCCGAUCCUUCACAUUUUGACACCGUGUUCCUGAGCACUGCCUAAAAUAAAUCCAUAAAUAGCUCACCUCUCCCUCACUUCUUAGAAGCAGCAAUAAUACUAAAUGACUUUCAGAAUCUAAAACUUUGCCUCAGGUUUGGGGCCAGCCCCCUCUAAGUGCCCAGGGCCUCUCUGCCCUUGGCUUCUCCCCUCCUCAGCCCCACCCCAUGGGGCUCAUCACAAGUUCAACAUAGCAAGACAAUGUCCACCAAAGGUAACAAGAAUGAGAUUGUCAUCCAGGUUUUAAGACCCUCUCCCCUAUGGCCACGUGUUCCAGUCAGUGUCCAAGGGCUAUGUUCACAGCCUUGUCAGGUAUGCAUGCAGAUAAUGGACACAUUGCAAGUUGUCCACCCAAGCCAGGCUGUUGAAACUGUUCAGCUGUAUAGAAGACAAAACCUUGCCUUUGUGCAAAAACAAAAAGGAGCCCCUUUCUCAAGAUACUUUACUGCCAUCAGCUGGAAAUCAUCAUCAUGAAUCUAUAAACCCACAAUGUCUUAGAAGUGAAUAGCGCUUGCUGCAGUAUGGUGCUCUUGAGCAGUGCACACUCAUGCAACCAUCCAUGGCAAUCCAGCUUGAAGUCCUCCCCCAUUUCCUGAAAACUACCCAGAUUGUAUAAUAAGAAUAACAACAUACACAGA